UCUACUUUACCUUUAUUUUAUCUUGAUAUCAAUGCAAAAACCAUUAUAUACCGGCUCAAAAAUCCAAUCGUACGAAAUAUCUGUUGACAAAAUUUUAAAUCGAAUACGAGAAUCGAGGAUAAUCGUUUCGUAGGACUUGUACCAACCGAACAAUUCAGCUCAACUCUUUUCAGCCAGGUAAAUACCUGCAUACACACCUAGCUGUUGCAAUGAGCAGGUAAAACGAAGAAGAAUUUGGCAGCUACUGUCACGUUAAUGUCAGGGACGGACUUAUAUGUCAAAGUCAAAUGUGUUGUGUGAUGUAAUCUAACGAUCGAACAACUUGUGCCAAUCCGGUUUCGUGUUACUAGUGUUUGCUGUGCUUCGAGCUUGUGGAAGUUCCUGUACGUGGGAGUGCGAGUAGGAAAUUAUUUUAUGUUGCUUCUCUAAGACUUUUUAAAAAUGUUGUCCCUCAUUCCACGAACAUUAAUAUCGAGGUCAGCAUCCACUGGUCAAAAAACACUAUUCGAAACUUUAAGAAUUCUAAAUGCUGACGAUCAACAAACAAGAACCUUCGUUGGAGAUGUCCUCUCUCCUGCACAAGUCAUGGGAAUUGAGCAUCUUAGAGACCCACGUUUAAAUAAAGGAUUAGGAUUUACAUUGGAGGAACGUCAAGCACUUGGUAUUCACGGUCUGCAACCAGCUCGAUUCAAAACGCAAGAACAGCAACUGGAACUUUGUAGAAUAUCUAUUGAGAGAUACCAAGAAGAUCUAAACAAAUACAUCUACCUUACGGAAUUGCAAGAUAGAAAUGAAAAACUAUUUUUCAGACUGCUCUCAGAGAACAUUGAACGUUUGAUGCCCAUAGUUUACACGCCCACUGUAGGAUUGGCCUGUCAAAAGUUCGGUUUGAUAUACAGAAGACCUAGAGGACUUUUUAUAACAAUAAACGAUAUCGGACAUGUUUAUGAUGUCAUUAAAAAUUGGCCUGAACCCAAUGUGAAAGCGAUAGUCGUAACAGACGGUGAAAGAAUUUUAGGUCUAGGAGAUUUAGGUGCUUGUGGAAUGGGUAUACCUGUUGGUAAACUCGCUUUAUACACCGCAUUGGCUGGAAUUAAACCACACGAAUGUCUACCUAUUGUAUUAGACGUUGGAACCAACAACCAGAGUCUUCUUGAAGAUCCUCUUUACGUAGGCUUACGUCAAAAACGAGCCACUGGUAAAUUAUACGACGACUUCGUUGAUGAAUUUAUGCAGGCAGUGGUCACUCGUUACGGUCAAAACACCCUUAUACAAUUCGAGGACUUCGGCAACCACAACGCCUUUAGAUUCCUCGACAGGUUCAGAGAAGAAUAUUGUACUUUUAAUGAUGACAUUCAGGGUACGGCUAGCGUAGCCGUUUCAGGAUUACUAGCUUCUAAACGUAUAACUGGUAAAAAACUCAGCGAAAAUAAAUUCUUAUUCCUUGGAGCUGGAGAAGCGGCCAUUGGUAUCGCCGAUUUAACUGUCAAGGCUUUAGAAAACGAAGGACUAUCGACGGAAGAAGCGAGAAACAGAAUAUGGAUGGUUGACAUUGAUGGCUUGUUGGCUUUGGAAAGGCCCGAAGGAGGUUUAGAAGGCCAUAAAAAAUUAUAUGCCAAAAAUCAUGCUCCGAUUAAAGAUUUUCCUGCAAUUGUAAAUGAAAUUAAACCUUCAAUAUUAAUAGGUGCCUCGGCUGCAGCUGGAGCCUUUACACCGGCAGUUUUGAAAUCUAUGGCGUCCUUUAAUGAAAGACCCAUUAUUUUCGCUCUAAGCAACCCUACCAGCAAGGCUGAAUGUACCGCAGAACAGGCUUAUACUCACACUGAGGGACGUGUUGUGUUUGCAAGUGGUUCUCCGUUCGGUCGAGUGGAUUUCAAUGACAAAACCUUCUAUCCCGGCCAGGGUAAUAACGCCUAUAUUUUCCCAGGCGUGGCUUUGGGAGUGUUGCUAGCGGGAAUUCAUCAUAUUAAUGAACAAAUCUUCCUGAUCGCUUCUGAAACCAUAGCGGAGAACGUGUCCGAUGAAGACUUAAACAGAGGAAGUCUCUACCCACCCCUUUCGCUUAUCAGAGAUUGUUCUAUACAGAUAGCAAUUAAAAUCUUAAAUUAUGCUUAUGAUGAACGUAUUGCCUCCGUUUAUCCCAAGCCCAAAGAUAUGAGGAAAUACAUCGAAACCCAUCAGUAUAACUACAUUUACGAACCAUCUUUACCGCAAGUAUGGCCGUGGCCCAAUCCUCCGUAUAUUAAAACACGACCAUUGGAACCCGUCAAGCUGAAAGCAUAGUUUAACUUUUAAAUUUUUGUUAUAUAGCGUUUAAAUAAAUUAUUGCCGUUUUUUUUUUGUAUAAAUUUAGUUUACUAUUUUUAUUUUAUUUAUAAUGACAAGUGUACAUAGAAUACAUUAUAUUAUUUGAAGUGUUUUAGGAGCUGUGAAUUUAUUUAAUUUUUCCAUAAAUUCUGUUUAAUUUUUACCAAUACAAUUAGGUUAACAUCUUAAAGAAUGAUGCAAAAGAAACAACAGAUAUUUGAGGUGGUAAAAAAGCAGAAGUGGUGUAAGUCACUUUAUUACCAAAGAAAAUUCGCUCCUAAUAGACAUUGAACCCACGAUCUUUGGUAUGCCAUCCCAACUUCCUCACCACUUUUGUGUUCUAGCAUAAUAUAUUUAUACAUAAUGUAGGUGGUCCUGAAUCAAAAUCCCUAUGACAACUUUUGUUGUUGGUAGCGAUAGUGAACCUGUCUUUCUGGUUUUGCUAGCUUUAGGUUAAUUCUUACACGGCAGUCUACUGCAUUUGUAACGAUGAAACUGGUUAAGCUAUUUUUUUCCUCUUCGUAAUAGCAUCAUUUAAUUUGUUAUUAUGUUUCUAAUCCUAUGAUUUGUUUCUCUGCCUUGAGCCUCGUUCUUAUCAUUUAUCUUUCCAAAGCUUUUUGCUUUUCUUUCCGGGUUUGCUUCCGUAAAGCUGCCUGUGUGGGCGCUCUAUAAGUUAAAAUCGGAAGAAUACGUUGAUCAUCAACUCAACGCAGUGUGUUCGAGCAGCACGUGUUCAUUUACGGGUCUUUCAGUGGUUUAGCGAACACGGUUUCAAAUCCUAGAGCAGAUCAAGUAAAUUUUUAAUUAAUUUGCAUGGUUCAUUGUAGGAUUUGAUGGUUAUCAUAUUUUAUGGGUUUUCCACAGCAUGAAUCAACUUUAAGUC